AUGUUCAUCCUUCUAGGAAUUACUUUGAUCAGCGGCACCAUCUUUGCUAUAAAUGAAAACUACUGGGCGACGGAUCCGGUCAUGCCAUUUUGGCUUUUAAAAUCAAAUGGUAUCGGCAUAGCAUCUCUGGGGCAAGCUUUGGUUAUGCUCAUCUCUACUACUGCCGAGUUUUUGAUCCGCACUGAAAAUGCUUCCAACAAAUUUGUUGGCAUAAACCUACUUCCUGUUGCAGUCGGCUGCACUGUCGGGGCAAUCUCAUCUGGAAGGAUCAUUAAACGUACCGGAAGAUACAAGGUCUUGUCUUUAGUUUCCCUAGGAGUUGCUGCUGCUAGCUACCUUAUUAUUCUACUCCGAUGGCCCCGUAUCAGCAGCCAUUGGGAGAUGAUAUAUCCCUUCAUUGCUGGUAUCGGUAUAGGUGGUCUCUUGUCGACUCAAUUUGUAGCACUCACAAUAUCAACUCCACCAAAGAUGUCGGCAACUGCUAUCACAAUCUAUAACCUUUCACAACAGGUCGGUAACAUGUUCGGAGUCACUUUGACCGCCACUGUCUCUCGCAGUCUAUUCGAGAGAGAUCUUGGGCACAAGUUCGGCAACUAUCCAGAUGCUAUCGAAGUCAGUAACGUUGAUUCUAUUCUACUAAAAUUGAAGAUUUUCUGA